CUUCCGAACAAACACGCUCUUCACCUUCUGCUUCGCAUCAACACAGCCACCAUGUCGACCACCACACAUCCCGACGUGUCCGCCACCGAAGGCACAUUCCUCACCUCCGAUAACGUCUCCCUUUACACACGCACCUGGUCCUCCAGCACCACCCCUCUCAAAGCCCGUCUUAUCUUCCUCCACGGCUUCAGCGACCACUGCAAUUUCUAUGGCGACUUCUUCCCAAGUCUCGCCCUCCAAGGCAUCAAAGUCUACGCCUACGACCAACGCGGCUGGGGUCGAAACGUCGCAUCCUCACCCUCCGAAAGAGGUAACACGGGAAACACCGAUCGCAUCCUAUCCGAUCUCGAAAGCUUCAUCCAACAUGUCCUUUCCGUCACCUCCGAAUCCGAUAUCCCACUCUUCUUAAUGGGACACAGCAUGGGCGGCGGCGAAGUCCUCUACUACGCGUCCUCCCGCGGUCCCGGCUGGGGAGCACCCGAAACAAAAGCUCGGAUUCGAGGAUACUUAUGUGAAGCGCCCAUCAUCGCCCUCCACCCCGCCGCAAAACCUUGGAGAGUAACCCAAGUCGUAGGAAAACUAGUAAGUAAAGUCCUACCUCGACAACAAAUCGUACAGAAACUCGACGCGUCGAAACUCUGUCGCGAUCCGGAAGUUUGUAAAGAGUGGGUCGCGGAUGAGUUGAAUCAUGAUACGGGGACUUUGGAGUGUUUGGCGAAUUUGUUGGAGAGGGCGAGGUUGAUGGAGGAGGCCAAAGAGGUUGUGUUGAAGGACGGACAAGGGGAGGGAGGGAAGACGAGGCUGUGGAUUGGUUUUGGGACUGGGGAUGAGGUGUUGAGUUUUGAGGCUUGUGAGAAGUGGUUUAAAGGGUUGAAGGAUGUGGAGGAUAAGGAGUUGAGGGUGUACGAGGGGUGGUACCAUAAGCUGCAUGCUGAGCCCGGAGAGGACAAGAAGACUUACGCGAAGGAUGUGAGCCAGUGGAUUUUGGAGAGGUCUGGGCCUGUUGAGACGCUGGGUGUAAAGGCACGGUUGUGAUUGUAGAGAUGGAGAGACUUCUCUCGAUGAUUGACGAAGUUAUGAAAUGUAAGAUGUGAAUAUACCAUACUAAAUUUACGGGGA